CCGGCCGCCGGCGCCGCCUUCCACCGCUCCACCGAGGACCUGCGGAUGCGGCAGAGCGCCAGCUACGGCCGCCUGCGUCACGCGCAGAGUCGGAGCAUGAACGACAUCUCAGACACACCGAGCACCGACCAGCUGAAGAACAAGUUCAUCAAGAAGAUCCCCAAGGAUGCGGAGGCAUCCAACGUGCUGGUGGGAGAAGUGGAGUUCCUGGAGAAGCCCUUCGUGGCUUUUGUGCGGCUCCUCCAGGCGACGAUGCUGGGAGGGGUGACAGAGGUGCCCGUCCCCACCAGGUUCCUCUUUAUUCUCCUGGGUCCCGCGGGAAAAGCCAAAUCCUACAAUGAGAUCGGCAGAGCCAUCGCAACCCUCAUGGUGGAUGAUCUCUUCAGCGACGUUGCCUACAAAGCCCGGGACAGAGAAGAUCUGAUCGCCGGCAUCGAUGAGUUCCUGGAUGAAGUCAUCGUCCUGCCACCCGGCGAGUGGGACCCCAACAUCAGGAUUGAGCCACCUAAAAAAGUGCCCUCGGCUGAGAAGAGGAAAUCCGUGUUCUCCCUGAAUGAAGUGGGGCAGAUGAACGGCACGGCCGGGGGGGCUGGCGCCGGCGCUGGGGGAGGGGGCAGCGAAGAUGGGGAGAUGCCCGAAGUUCACGAGAUUGGGGAAGAGCUCACGUGGACUGGCAGGUUUUGUGGUGGCCUCUAUUUGGAUAUCAAGAGGAAGCUGCCCUGGUUCCCGAGUGACUUCUAUGAAGGCUUUCAUAUCCAGUCCAUCUCUGCCAUCUUGUUCAUCUACCUGGGCUGCAUCACCAACGCCAUCACCUUUGGGGGCUUGCUGGGAGACGCUACGGACAACUACCAGGGUGUCAUGGAGAGCUUCCUCGGCACGGCAAUGGCAGGCUCCAUGUUCUGCCUCUUCGCCGGGCAGCCGCUCAUCAUCCUCAGCAGCACCGGCCCCAUCCUCAUCUUUGAGAAGCUGCUCUUCGACUUCAGCAAAGGCAACGGCAUCGACUACAUGGAGUUCCGCCUCUGGAUCGGCCUGCACUCUGCCCUACAGUGCCUUAUCCUGGUGGCCACCGACGCCAGCUUCAUUAUAAAGUACAUCACCCGCUUCACAGAGGAAGGUUUCUCCACCCUCAUCAGCUUCAUCUUCAUCUACGACGCCAUCAAGAAGAUGAUUGGAGCCUUUAAGUACUACCCCAUCAACUCGGACUUCAAGCCGGACUACGUGACCAUGUACAAGUGCGAGUGCAUCGCCCCCGACCCAGCCAACGCGACCUUCUUCGAUGCUUCAGCUCCAGUGGCACCAAACACCACUAACGUUUCUCUGUACAAUGCUAUUAACCUCACAGCUCUGGACUGGACUCAGCUGAGUAAGAAGGAAUGUCUCAAAUACGGCGGCAGCUUAGUGGGGAAAUCCUGUAAAUUCGUGCCCGACCUGGCCCUCAUGUCCUUCAUCCUCUUCUUUGGAACCUACUCCAUGACUUUGACCCUGAAAAAAUUCAAAUUCAGCCGCUACUUCCCCACCAAGGUAAGGAAG